UUUGUCAGGAAGGUGGGGAGAUGGGAAUUUAUGCUUCACUCUUUUUCUCUCUACUGCUUUAUCCAAUUGAAGAAGUUCGUAUAAAUCCGUGUUUAGUGAAGAGGAUUGUACUUAGAAGUACAUAGUUUUCAAGUUUUAUUAUGCUCUUGCUUUAUGGUAAACAGCUUAUACAUUUUUUAAAAGUAAUUGGCACCUUGCUUUUUAGUGGGGUACAAAAGAAAAUAAUGACUUUAUUGCCAAAAGGCCUUUAGUGCAAAGUAUGCAAUAAAUCCUCUUCCCACUCACUUUGAAAAUUUGUAUUCAGUAGUUCAAUCAGUAUCUGUCAUUGAUUCUUACCUCCUGGAUUGAUCCAUUUUCAAUAUGAAGAGGUAGUAAACUGCAUGAAGUUUCCCUUUCAUUGAACAGCACAACUCUCAGAUCCCUUUCAUGCAUAUCAUAUAGGUCAGUUAACUUGUGUGUCAUAUAUUUAGAACUAAAAGUCAGUAAGGCAUAAUCUUGGCUUUGUUCUUCCUUUCACAGUAAACAAAUGAAUUUUCUAUUCUGGCGUUCUGAGAUAGCACUCUUCUGUUUUCGUUACUUCUUUAGCUGAUACUGCUUCUUGAUUCUAUAGUUUUCUUGCACUGUGCUAAAGCUAUUUCAUUGUAUAUGUUGAUGGUUCUUCCAGUUGUUGUAGCAGUCUGAUUUAUCACCCUUUCACAGUGGCUAAUGAGCUGCUUCCUUCAAGAGGAACCGGCUAAUUUUGUUUAACGCUCUUGAAAAGUAGUCAAGGAGAGAGACAAGAAGUGAAGGGCUGCUGCAACUAGGAUCCUGCUUCUGUAUUUUUGCCAGUAAGAUCAGUAAAAACAUAAUGAAGCUCCAGCCUUUACUAACAGCUGUUGCUAUUCUUAUUCCGCUGCUAUCAGUAUUUCUUCAAGUCAUAGCUAAUCUUGAUUCCGAUAGAAAGGCUCUACUCAACUUUGCAGACUCGGUCCCUCAUGUUCGAAAACUCAACUGGGAUUUGGCUCUUCCUGUUUGCAAAUCUUGGGCUGGUAUAACUUGUAACAAAGAUGGAACGAGAGUCGUUGCAAUCCAUCUCCCUGCUGUAGGACUUUUUGGUCCUAUCCCAGCCAAUAGUAUAGGCAAGCUAGAUGCUCUUAAAGUCCUUAGUCUAAGAGCCAAUUAUCUUAAUGGAAGUGUCCCUUCUGAUCUCCUUUCAAUCCCUUCUCUCCAGUAUGUCUACCUUCAGCACAAUAACUUCUCUGGUGAUAUUCCUGUUUCUUUAUCUCCUCGACUUGGAGUACUAGAUCUCUCCUUUAACUCUUUUACUGGAGAAAUUCCCCCCACAAUCAAUAACUUGACACGAUUAUCUGUGUUGAACCUACAGCACAAUUCAUUGACAGGAAAAAUCCCCAGCCUUGACACCCUCAGGUUAAAUAGCUUGAAUUUGAGUUACAAUAUGCUAAAUGGCUCAGUUCCAUACUCCCUCCAGAAGUUUCCACUUUCAUCAUUUGCAGGAAACUCUCAUUUAUGUGGGACACCUCUAACUAACUGUUCCUUGAGUCCAUCGACUUCUCCAGCAGCUGAUGGCUCUGCAAUCCCUGAAAAACAGAAGGCUGUCCACUCUAAGAAACUAAGUACUGGAAUCAUCAUUGCCAUUACGGUUGUGGCUUCUUCAGUAAUGUUUCUCCUAGUCUUAGUAAUCUCCUUCUGCUGCUUGAAAAAGAAAGUAAGUCAUAACACUAGCAUAGUUACAGAGAAGGUGGCUAAAGGGGGAAGGAGUGAGAAACCUGAGGACUUUGGAAGUGGGGUGCCUGAUGCUGAGAAAAACAAGUUGGUGUUUUUUGAAGGUUGCUCUUACACCUUCAAUCUGGAGGAUCUUCUUAGAGCUUCUGCUGAGGUUCUUGGUAAAGGAAGUUAUGGAACAGCUUACAAAGCCGUCUUGGAUGAGGCAACAAUUGUGGUAGUGAAACGGCUGAGAGAAGUAGGGGUUCCAAAAAAAGAGUUUGAACAGCAUAUGGAGAUUGUUGGAAGGGCUGGGAGGCACCCUAAUAUUGUCCCACUCCGCGCAUAUUAUUAUUCCAAGGAUGAGAAACUUCUUGUUAACGAAUACAUGCCUGCUGGUAGUUUGUCAGCAGCCUUGCACGGUAAUAGAGGUAUUGGAAGAACUCCACUAGAUUGGGAUACAAGAUUGAAGAUAUCUCUGGGAGCAGCAAAAGGAAUUGCCCAUAUCCACACUGAAAGUGGUGUGAAAUUUACUCACGGAAACAUCAAGUCCUCCAAUGUACUCCUCACAGGAGGCCUAGAUGGAUGCAUUUCUGAUUUUGGCUUAACACCUCUGAUGAACUACAUAUCAUACAAAUAUAGAUGUGCUGGGUACCGCGCUCCAGAAGUUAUUGAAACACGGAAAGGGACACAAAAAUCAGAUGUUUAUAGCUUUGGAGUGCUGCUCCUUGAGAUUCUGACAGGUAAAUCCCCUCUCCCGUUAUCAGGACAGGAUGAGGUUGUUGAUUUGCCUAGGUGGGUGCGAUCGGUUGUUAGAGAGGAAUGGACUGCUGAAGUUUUUGACGUAGAGCUGUUGAAGUACCAGAAUGUUGAAGAAGAGAUGGUGCAGAUGCUUCAGAUUGGACUUGCUUGUGUAGCAAAGAUGCCUGAUAUGAGGCCUACUAUGGGAGAAGUGGUUAGAAUGAUUGAAGAAAUUCGACAACCAGAAGGGGAGACGAGACCUUCCUCGGAGGACAGCAGGUCCAAGGACUCUAAUGCACAAACCCCUGAAUGAACAAUGCAGUUAUUUUAGUUAUUCAGCUGUCAAUUCUAGAUCAAUAUAAGAAUGCAAUUUAUCUCCAUUGCCACCUUUUGCAUGUUCUUGGACAUAUUAGUGUUUUAUUUUUUAUUCUUGAUGCUAUAUAUCCUAUUCUGGUCUCUGUAGAAACUUAUCAGCUCAACAUAAAUGAGGACGGCCUUUGUUUUUCCAA